CGCAGAAUGAGCCUUCUCCUGAUUGGUUGACCGGUUGUCAGGAGUGUUUACAGGAAACAUGGCUUCCCGGUCUGUUGGAGAGCUUCAAGAGAUGGAAGUGGACAGAAAGGGUGAGUCUGAAGAGUCUGGUGAUGAUGAGACCAAGAGGAAGAGUAUCAAUGGCAACGUGGACCCCAAUCAGCCUGCAACCACAGGUAAAGAAGAGUCUCCUGUUGACAUGGACACUAUAACCUUGGACCCAGAGGAAGAGGAUGUUGAUCUUGUUCAUUGUCGUAUCGGGAAUAUUGAAGGUUUGGAGGUCCUACAGAAGUGUAAAACACUCUCCUUAAGACAGAAUCUUAUUAAAAAGAUAGAAAACCUCGACAGUUUGAGGUCUCUGCGGGAACUAGAUCUCUACGACAAUCAGAUCCGCAAACUGGAGAACCUGCAAAACCUUACAGAGAUUGAUCAGCUUGACGUCUCCUUCAAUAUGUUGAGGAAGGUGGAGGGUUUGGAGCAGCUAACUCAGCUGAAGAAGCUUUUUCUGCUUCACAACAAAAUUGGCAGCAUUGCCAACCUGGACCACCUCACAGGCCUGGACAUGCUGGAGCUGGGCUCCAAUCGCAUCCGGAUCUUAGAGAACCUGGAUACACUUUCAUCACUGCAGAGUUUGUUUCUUGGCACCAACAAAAUAACUACCCUUCAGAAUCUGGAUGGUUUGCACAACCUGACAGUUUUAAGCAUUCAGAGUAACCGGAUUACUAAAAUUGAGGGCCUACAGAAUCUUCUCAACCUGAGAGAGCUCUAUCUGAGCCACAAUGGCAUUGAGGUCAUUGAGGGAUUGGAAAAUAAUAAAAAGCUUACAACCCUGGACAUCGCUGCCAACCGAGUAAAGAAAAUUGAAAACAUCAACCAUCUGACAGACCUGCAGGAGUUCUGGAUGAACGAUAAUCAGAUCGAUAACUGGUCAGAUCUCGAUGAGUUGAAGAAUGCCAAGUCUCUGGAGACGGUCUACCUUGAGAGAAACCCUGUACAGAAGGACCCACAGUACCGGCGGAAGAUCAUGCUGGCGCUGCCCAGUGUCCGCCAGAUCGAUGCUACCUUCAUCCGCUUCUAAACUGCAGUGUAAUUCACCUGCUGAUUCACAGUGUUUUCCCCUAACCCCCCUGCCUUCCCGUCCCACAAAACAAACUUCCUUUUGAAACACGCUGGCCUCACAGAAUCAUAUCGUUAUUUCGUACAGAGACACACAUUCCAGCAUUCACCAUCCCCCACGGCUCACGCAACAUACAUGUAUGCAUGUAUGCACUCACUCACACCUUGAUCUAUGCUAUUGUGUAAAAGCUUAUUUAUUUAUUAAGCUGGAUAUGAACUGUGAAAAGGAUUUUACCCUAUGCCCAUUUCAUCAUUUUUCCUCUUUUCAUUUUACUUUUGUAGUUUUGCAUGUGGGAGACAGUAUGGAGACAUUUUUCCUCAAUCUUUCAGGGCCCAUCAGGAAAUAAUAUAUCAGUUUCAGUUUUGUUUGAUAGAUCACAUUUUUGAGGUUGCACUGCUAUCAUUUAAGAGGAAAGGGAGGCAUUCUUACUGUUUGAGUAAUUGUGUGAAAGUUAAGGUACACAGUAAAUGAAAGAAGAACUAAACAUUAAAGGGAAAUUUAAUAGUAAAAUAUGAUUUACACAUUUUAAUCCUCCGAAUACUGCUUAUCUUAUCUUUUGGCUUUAUUUAAGCUUCAAGCUUUUCUGAGCAAGUAACUGAACGUUACAACCACAAAAAUAACUAAAGGAAGAAACCUACAAUGACACAAUGCAGCCUUGUGUCUGUCUGCAACUGAUGAAUCAUUUCAAAAUAAACUGCUAUCAUUACUAAUGAGGGGCAAAUCUUGAUGUCCAGCCACCUUGUCUAUGCCUUGUCAUUGUCCAGAUAUUUUACAGCCAAUCUGAUUAAUAAGAGUGACCUCUGCAUACAAAAACCUCAUGAGAAUGUAAAGAUAAUUAAAUGUGUCCAUGAUGAUGGUUCUGUAAUCAGUGGUACAUCAGCCCCCAAUUUAUUUAUUUAUUCUUUUUUUUUACCUUAAAUACAUCACUGAUUAUAGCUUGGGUUCUCUCUAGAAAUACAUCAUUCAUGACAUUAUUAUGAACUGACAAAAGUAAAAAAAAAAGUGAAGUUACUUACUAACAGCAGGGAUGGUCUUAAAUAAGGGUUAACCAAUGUAAGAUAAAUUCCUUUUUUUUUUUUUUUUUUUAAACAUUUUGUUUAAAAUGUUAAGAUGUGUAUAGACAUUAGAGUGACACAUUCAAGUUUCACAUUUGGUCUCUUAAUAAAAAAUAUAUAAUCUUGUAUAUUUAUGUUGCCAAAAGACUAAUCAAGCACUAGGAUGAAAACCUAUUUUGUCCCCAGUGUUUAAAAGCAGAGUGCACUAGAUUUACUGUUGGGUUACAAUCAAAAGGUGAUAUAAAAAUGGUUUUCCACCUCAGGACUAAAAGGUAAUGUCAGACACACAAUUCUUAACGGAAAGAAAAGAUGUGUAACAUCAGCUACUGACCAUAACCACAACAGGGUUAUUAUUGCAUCUCCUUCUCUUUUAAAGGAAUUGAAGAUAAGAACAAAAAUCCAUUUAAUCAACUAUAGGAUAUUUAUGAUCUAAGACUAAACUGAAGAGGCCAUUACUAAUAUGAAUGUAAUGUUAUGUUAUAUUAUAUUCAGAUUAAUUAUAAUUUAUUCACAAUUGGCCAGUUGGAUUGUGAAUGUCACUGUCUGUUUGUAAAUAUAGUUCGCCCACAAGUGUAGAAAUUCAGUGCCAUCAUAACUUUCCUUUUGUAAAGCAAAAUGCUCUUUUUCUUUCUUGUUUUUGCCAGACAGCACAGCAGGUUUGCUUGAGUUUAAGUAAUUAAGAUAACUUAACCUUGACUGGUCUCUGAAUGACCAAGUAUUCGAUUUGCUUUUAGCUGAUUGUAGUCAGAACUGAGUCUUCAGGUUCUGGACUUGGUUAAUGCUGUUUUCAAAAUGAAUGUAUUAUGCAAAUAAUAAAAUGACACUACUUAAA